AGGCAGUAGUGCUGGGACUAUGCCAGUUUCAACUACUUCAACUGGAACUCAAGUUGUGUCCAGUGCCAUUAAACCACAAUUUGUGACAACAAACACACAGUUCAUUCCUACUUUGGCCCCAAAGUUGGCUAUGGCUCCUAUUGUUGCAUCAUCUACAAUCACUCCAGCAUCUGUGGUUACUACCACCACCAGCUCUUCAAAACUUGUGCCUGCAACUCUGGAUCAACAACAGUCACAGCAGCAGCAACAACCACACUUUGUAAUUCAGGCACCACGAACACCAGCAGGCUCCUCUGCUACCAUAGUUCCUGUUUCUGUAGGAGGUCCUGGUAUGGGGAAACAUACCUUUGCUUAUUUGGGAACUAUCAUCAAGCCAGGAAUGGGAGUUGGCAAACCAGGUGAAAGCCCUCAACUUGUACUGCCAACAGCAGGAUUGGUUCCAGCAACUAAUCAGAAGCUUUUGUUGGCUCCUGUCCCAGUCCUUCCCCAGUUAGCACCAGCACCGCCUCCCAUUGGGAACACCACUAUAUCAUCAUCAUCUCAACAACCAAAAGUGACUAGUCUCCUUGUACCUAUGACAAUCCCAGCAACAGUUGGGGGAGGCAAGAGCGGCAUGAUAAAUCUCAAGAUCUCAAAUGGACAGAUUCAUACUGAAGGGAAAGGAUCUGUUACCGUGCUCAGAGAAGCAAAGCCAUUAACAGGUAAUGUAGGACAGCUACCUCCCCUACAACCUAUUUCCAAAUAUUCAAAUACAAAGACAACUAGUAUAAAGGCUAAUGGGUUACUACUGCCGGAUUCAACUACUCUGACCCCACUGAAAGAUGCUUCUACUUCUAUGUCAGCAACACCAAAGAAACUGGCUACUGAUGAUGAAAGCAGCAUCAGGAGAAAUUCUGCUAUUAAUAACAGUAAUGCUAAUAACAACAAGAGCAGCAGUGGCAACACCAACAACACUAGUAGUAGUUCAGAUGACAAGAGGAAGUUAAAUCAAGAUUUGAACAGGUGUCUGAAAGAAACUGUAGAUGCCAUUUUUUCACCAAACAGUCCAACCCUCGUGAAGGAUAACGGAGAUAAAGUGAACUCUACUGAUGAUGAAGUGACGCUAAUUAAAGUGAAUCCAUUGAAGGAAGAGUCUGCUGUAAAAGAGAAAAUGAAAAAGGAGCUUCCAGAAGAUGAUGUCAAGAUUGAAAUUAUAAAGCAAGAUAUAAAGGCUGAACAAACCGAUACAAAUGCUGAAGAUUUUGAUCCAAUGAAAGUUCUGGAAUGGAAAGAUGGAAUUGGAACUUUACCUGGAAGCAAUCUUAAGUUCCGCCUGAAUGAAUUUGGGAUGAUGGAGGUGGUAGAUGAUGAAGACUAUGAGAAACUUCUGUCUUCCAAAAAAACUGAUGGUGGGGUUAAAGAUGAACCAACUGCACCAGUAAGCAUUCCAGAAGUAGAAAGUGAUGCAAGUGGAAAGAAAAAUGAUGAUGAAGGAACUGAUAAUCAGUCAGUGAGUAAGAAUGUUCUUACAGCAAAGCCCACUGGAACUUCAGACGAUAUUUAUUGCUGUGAGGGCUGUGGUUGUUAUGGCCUGGCUUCAGAAUUUGUGAGCUCCAGAUUCUGCAGCCAUACAUGUGCUUCAGCAUUUGCAAGUAAAAAGGCUGCGCAGAGUAAGAAAGAAAGAGAUCUCCUGCAACUGAGGCUCCGCCGACGCAAGAAAAGACUUCUCCAUCUCAUGCAGCAGCAGUUGCAGAACACACAGCAGCAGCAGCAACAGGGAGAUGGCGGGAAGAUCCGAACGUCAGCUACGCUGUCUGCGUCUCUCCAGUCAACAUCUACUGUGACAUCUUCUUCUGUUCUUGUCCCUGCUUCUUCAAAGACACCAACCCUUAGUGAAGAAGAAAAUAUGUCCAAUGAUGGGACACAAGAUGCAAGCAAGCCACGAUUACCAUGGCAGACUGGGAAGAGUGGUUUCUCAUGGACCAAGUAUUUGGAACAUUGCAAGGCCAAAGCAGCACCUAUAAAGUUGUUCAAAGAUCCAUUCCCAUAUUCAAAAAAUGGCUUCAAAGUUGGAAUGAAAAUGGAAGGGAUUGACCCUGAGCAUCCAUCCUAUUAUUGUGUUCUUACAGUGGCUGAUGUUCAAGGUUACAGAAUAAGGCUUCAUUUUGAUGGUUAUUCAGACAACUAUGACUUCUGGGUGAAUGCAGAUUCAAUGGACAUAUUUCCAGCGGGAUGGUGUGAGAAGAAUAAUCAUCGUCUCCAUCCCCCACGAGGCUACACACCUGCCACUUUCAACUGGAGUAGCUACUUGAAGCAGUGUCGAGCUCAGGCUGCCCCACGAAAUCUGUUUGCCAAUAAGACUGGCAGUUCCAUCUGUCCAAAUGGUUUCCGCCUGGGAAUGAAACUUGAGGCUGUGGACCGGAAGAACUCUUCACUAGUGUGUGUUGCAACAGUGGCAGAACUGAUGGAUAACAGAAUUCUAGUUCAUUUUGACAGUUGGGAUGAUAUAUAUGACUACUGGGCUGAUCCAAUGUCCCCAUAUAUUCAUCCUGUGGGCUGGUGUGAAGAACACGGACAUACACUUACACCACCAAAUAAUUACAGCAAAGGUGGAAGUAACAGAGCUUUCUCAUGGGAAACUUACCUUAAAGAGACCAAGUCUGUAGCUGCUCCGGCACGAGCAUUUAAACAGCGUCCGCUGAGUGGUUUUCGUCGUGGUAUGAAGCUAGAGUGUGUUGACAAGCGAGUUCCUAUGCUCAUUCGGGUGGCAACAGUGGAUGAUGUUGGAGAACACCAGAUCAGGAUAAAGUUUGAUGGUUGGCCAGACCAAUACAGCUACUGGAUAGAUGAUGAUAGUCCUGACAUUAAUCCUAUGGGAUGGUGUCAGAAGACUGGACAUCCCCUGGAACCACCAUUAACUCCAGAAGAAAUGGUAGAAACACCUGAAUGUCCAACACCUGGUUGUCGUGGACUUGGACAUGUAAAAGGUGCCAAGUAUGUGAGUCAUCACACUACAAUAAGCUGUCCGUAUUCUCCCCAGAACCUCAAUAAGGACGGUCUUAUUCCAGAUAGGAUUCUCAGUAAAACAGACCAAGGAGAAAGCAAGGAAGAAACAAUAUCCAAAGAGAGAAGCAAACCUGCUGAGGGUAAGAACCCUGUUGGGAGACCACCUAAGUGGCGACGUAUUGAGUUAGCUGAAGACCCAAAGGCUGUAUCACAAGAUCCUGAUUGGAAGCUAUAUGAUGAGGAUAGCAGUGAAAGGCGGAGAAAGAAAAGAAGACAUCUUUCUCAAGAGGAGAAUGUGGUUACAGCUAUAGCUAAGCCCCCUAUUACUACUACUACAACUGCCACUACUACUAUCACUACUACUGCUGCUACUACAACAAUAACAACAACUGCUACUCCCAUACUUUCCAGCGUAGACAUGAAUCCCCUGCAUCAAGAGAUGCGACAGUCAGUGAUGAAUCCAGGGUAUGAGGUAAAACCUGAUCACCUCAGCCCACAUGUAUGGGCCAAGCAUUCACGCUACCUAAACCAGUAUGUUCAAGCAGUGAAGAGUGGCAAUCCAAGCAUGUGGUCCGUAGACCAAGUGGCUCAGUUUGUUUGGUCUAUUCCAGACUGUUGUCAUGUGGCCCAUAAUUUCAAGGAACAGCAAAUUGAUGGAGAAGCGUUGCUAAUGAUGGCACAGAAUGACCUUGUUCAGCAUAUGGAAAUGAAACUUGGACCUGCAAUAAAAUUAUAUAAUAGCAUAGUGCUCCUUCGACAGCGGAUUAGACGAAGUUGAGAAGAAAGAAGCCCUAAUUGUGUACAAUGGCAGUUCAUUCUAUAAUCAUCUUUCCCAUUCCUUGAGUCAUUUCAGUCCAUCCAUAUUUUAUUUCACAGCUGGAAACGAGUUUCUACACACAACUAUGUCUUCUCUUCCUGUAUCAUAUUUACAGUAUGUUAUGUAUAUAUUAUUAUCCAGUAUAGUGUGCUUUACAUAUGCUGUACUGUGAAAAUGGUUUUAAAUACAAAAAUUCUGAAGACUUGAAUGUGUUUUUUGCAAAACAGCUUAACAACGCUUAGUGCAAUUAUGCCUGUUUAGUUUCUGUAACUAUACUGUGCCAACUGCAAAGGUUUAUUGUAUUAAAUGAGAAAUGCUAGGAUUCA